AGUCCAUGUGAGCAGCAGCAACAGACCUGCCGCCCUGAGCCGGUGGAGCUGCAGGACGUCCAGGUGGAGCCGCAGGACGUCCAGGUGGAGACGCAGGACACCUGACCUCCUCACAGAGCUGCAGACAUCCGGCUGCAGAGCGCAGGAGAGCGACGAUCAUGGACGCUGCAGAUCAGCCGUCCAUGGAGGACGGACACAAAAGCCAAGAGCUCGGUCCGACCCAGGCGGCAUCCAGCAGAGGCAGCGAGGCGACGGAAGCCACAGAGGAGAAGAGAAACGAGGAAGGAGGAGGUCAAACGUCUCCUGAGAUGAACGAUGAAGCUGAUGAAGAUGAGGACGAGAAGAACAGCAGCUGUGAGACAUCCAAGUACAAAACUGUGUCCUACAGGAGGAUCCGCAAAGGAAACACCCGACACAGGAUCGAUGAGUUUGAGGCCAUGGUUAACUUCUGAUCACCUUCGUAGCUGUUUCUCCUCCUGCUCAUGAGCCCUGGUGGUCACAUGUAGAGAGAUAGUGGACCCUGGCUAGAGCCUUGUGGUACUCCAUUAGAAACGUUACUUUGGGCCAAGCCCCGUUCUGCUCGCUGGCUCUCCUGUGAAUUACUAGUGAUGAUGCUGAACACCGUCUCCAGCUUCCAGUAGGUUUAGUCAGAACCGCUUGUGAAAUAUCUCGUGCAAUUAGCAUCUUUCUUCUCUUGUCUGCAGCACGAUGGAUAGAUUUUAACAUCAGCGAAAGACGCCAGUGUUACUGAAUGUUGUUAUGAGUUGUUUCAUGCGCUUGAUGAAGCGGUUUAAAUUCACUGAAACAUCAAACUACACAAUUCAGUGUUUGUAAAAUUGUAUUUCGGGUCAAGGUGAAUGUUAACUUGUUGGGACAAGCUUACAUUUAAGUAAGACUGAGGGGAGGGGUCAACGCAGAGGUGAACUAGGAUUGGCUCUCCUGUCUUCAUAUUUCUUCCUGUUUUACUUUAAUCUGAAAAUCUAAUCUUACAUCAGUUUCACCCGAUCUAUUCUCUGUACAUCAGUUACAGUAUAUUGCAUUGUUGAGAAGCUUAUUUGUUUUGUGUCGGGUUUGCUUUCCCUGCAUUUUGGUUUCUGUUGUGUCUCUUAUCCAGAAUAGUAGCUCUGCUGUCUAACACCAAAAUCAUAUAUAUUUAAAAUGAUGCUGUAAUGAUUGAAUAUACAGUAGUACUACAUUUAAGGUUUUUUAAUUUGGAAAAUGUUUAAAAGCCUAAAAAUAUCAAAGUAUUCUGGAUAAUAAAAGCUGAUAUCAAACACGUAAUUUUGUUUAACAGAUGUUUACUACUUUUUUUAUUUACCCUUUAACUAUCAUUUCACGUUUGGAGAUUUAAUUGUGAAUGUACUGACACGU